UUUUGUGUACGCAUUUUUAAUUUUACUAUUUUUGUUCCGUCUUAGUUUCGUCUUUUUUUCCGUCUUACUCACAAUUGUUUUUCUUUUAGAUUUUAUUGAUAAUAUUCAAGUUAUAAUUGAGAUAAUGGAUGAAGAAUCGGUAAAGCCUAAGCCAUUGUAUACGUCGACACCAUUAAAUAAAAUGGAUAUGAAGAAAAGGCAGCUCGAUAGGUCUGGCACGCCACAAAGUAGUAUUUCUCUUUCGUCUCCGUUACACAAAAACAUGAAGGCUUCAAAAAAGGGGAAAGACAAUUCAGACGUGAACGAUGAUAUUUUUGCGUUAUACAGUGAUGAUGAUACCAAUAAAACUUCUAAUGGAGAUUCGGAAUACAAUCCUUCUAAUAGCAUGCCUGAUGUUGAAGAAAGUGCUGGUAGUAUAAUUGAGAAAAGUACCCAUAGUACUGAUAAAGAUGGUGAUGAAAUCAACGAAGAAGAUAUUGACGAAGAAAUCGAUGAUGGCGUUGACAUUGUUCAGGAUUCUAUUUCUGAGGUAAUUACUGAAGAGAAAAAUGCAAUGACCAAUGCCUUGAAUGACUCACAAGAGCCGGCACAGAUUAACGAAGCAAUUCAAGAAUCUCAUAGCGAAAGUCAGAUUGUGGCUGACAGCUUUGAAGGAAGUCCUAUUCAAAAGUCAAAUUCUACUUCUAAUGUUAUGGAUAAUAAUAUUGUUGAAAGUGGGCAAUCGAAGGAUAUUUUAUCUGAGGAAAAAAUAAAUAGUAUUUCGAAUGAUUUGGAAAAGAAUUUUGAUGGGAUCGAAUUAUCGAAUAACGAUAAAUCCAUGAAUAAAGUAGAGAAUGAAGACUUGCAAAAUGAAGAUCCUAAACUUAUUAAUAGUGAAGAAGCUUCUGAAGAAAUUUGCGUCGAAAAAGACUCAACUUUUGAACUUUCUAGUAACAGCGAAGCCAUUGAGGAAGACAUCGAGCAAGAUAUUAUUACAGUUCCUGCUGUUUUAAAGAACAAUGCUCGCGGUCCGCCAGUUAUCACUCCACCACAGCUUAAUCCAGAGAGACCGGCUGUAGCUCAUUUGCCAAUGCAACCUCCCGUCCAACAUGGCCGCUUAUUUGGUGGUGCAAUGACUGAUGAGAGAAUGUUAAAAAUUCAAGGCAUUUCGAAUGAUGUUGUCACCGCUAUGCAUUCUGGAAUUCUUGCUGACGACAUGGGAUUGGGAAAAACUCUUUCUCUGAUUUCUCUCAUACUUCACAAGAAAAAUGCUCGAAAGACUGAUCCGGCAGUGGUUGAACGUGAGAAUCAUUUACGACGAAAUUGUGUUUUUGAGAGACAUUUGAUCCCAGCAAAUUCAACUCUUGUAAUUGCACCUGCUUCACUUAUUUACCAAUGGGAGAAGGAAAUUAUGGACAGAGUCCAAGAAGGUCUCUUAAGAGUUUUUAUCUUUCAUGGUCCAAAGAACAAACGCGAAAUAUCUGCUCAUAGACUCUCCAAAUAUGAUAUUGUUAUCACUACUUAUGAACUGUUGGUCUCAGAGUUGAAAUCUAGAACUAAGCUUAUUGGUCAAAGUGAUAGCGAGUCGGAUUCUGAUAACCCGUCUCAUGGGAGAGGAGGUCGUUCUAAACCUAAAACAAAGAGUCUCAAACCAAAGGCUUCACAUGAUUCUGUUCUUAUGGAUAUUGCCUGGGAAAGAAUCAUUUUGGAUGAGGCACACGAAAUAAGAAAUAAAAAUGCACAAAAGUCUCGUUGUUGUAGUAGACUUGAAGCAGUUCAUCGAUGGUGUUUAACUGGGACGCCAAUUCAUAACAAACUUUGGGAUUUAUAUUCUUUGAUUCGAUUUUUACGUGUCACUCCAUUUUCAGAAGAGAAAAUUUGGAAGGAGUUUAUUGACAAUUCUUCUAUGAAGAGUACAGAACGCUUAAACACUAUUGUUAAGAGUAUACUUCUGCGACGUGCUAAAAAUCAAAUUUGCACGAUAACGAACAAACCAAUGAUUGAGAUAACUGCUAAAAAAUGGGAGGUAGUGAAUCUCGAGCUUGGCGAGUGGGAGAGUCACUGUUAUUCAAUCAUGUUCGAAGCUUCAAAACAAAAGGUCUCAGAUAUACUCCAAGAUGCUGGAAUGAUUGCUCGUCGUAGAGGUCGAAAACCGUUGAAAGAAAAGCCUGUUAAUCCAUUCAUAGGAGGUGGUGCCGGCGGAAAGAUUGGAGAAGCGGAGUAUUUCAAAGUUUAUUCAUGUAUUCUUGUGCUGUUGCUUCGUCUCAGGCAGGCCUGUGUUCAUAUGUCUCUUACUAAAGAUGCUAUUGACAUGGACGCUUUCAAAGUUGAUGAUGAUGAGACUGACAAAGUAAUUGCAGCGGAAUUCGAGGCAUCAUUCGCAAAUAUGUCUCUCGACGAAUCUGGUCUAGUCGAUGCUUCAGAAAAUACAGGACAAAAUAAGCUAAUCGAGAAAGUUUUCCAGCGUGAAUAUGCGAGCACAAAAGUUGUUGCCGUUCUUGAACGUCUUAAACCAAUAAUUGAAAAUGGUGAUAAAUGUGUAAUUGUGAGUCAAUGGACAUCAAUGCUAGGUAUUAUUGAAUAUCACUUGAAGCUAAGCAAUACGAAAUAUACUUCCAUUACUGGGAAUGUAAAAGCAGAAGAAAGGCAACAUCGUGUUGAUAGCUUCAAUAAGCGUAAUUUUGGUCCAAGCGUAAUGCUUCUUUCCUUGACUGCAGGCGGUGUUGGAUUGAAUUUGACUGGUGGCAAUCAUUUAUUUAUGGUGGAUUUGCAUUGGAAUCCUGCACUGGAACUUCAAGCUUGUGACAGGAUCCACCGACUUGGGCAAACAAAGAAUGUUUUCAUCCACAAAUUCGUUUGCUCCUCAACAAUAGAACAACGAGUUUUGCAAUUACAGGAAAAGAAAACACAAUUAGCUACAUCAGUCCUCGAAGGAGCUGCUUCAAAAAAAUUAACGAAAUUAACCAAGGAUGAGCUUAUGUUUCUUUUUGAACUUGACAAACCUGCACCUUCAACGCAAAAAACGAGGGCGGCUACUGCCUUGGCAAAUGCCAAUUCUCAACCAACUACAAGUUCGCAACCUACAGCUUAA